CGCAUUCCUCACGCUCCCUAAUCCCUCUCUAUACAUUUCGUAAUUCUACACCACGACACAUCUUCAGUUUUAUCAUUUGACUCGGUGAUCGCUUCGGAUUUUCCUCGUUCAUUCCCGGACCGGCUUGACGCCUUUUCAAUCAUUCUACUUUCGACCCCCUUCGUUCCUUUCCUUCCCAUUCGCCUCUCACUUCGUCCAUCAUGAGCUCCGGUCCCAGACUAAUCAGCAAUGCUGCAGCUAGGAGACUCCUUUUGCAAUCAUACCCUCGUCCUUCGCACUCUCCGCUCUUGAGCGUCUACUCCUCUCGAUCCAGGUUCGCCAGAGACCUCCCCCUAAAACUCUCAGCAGUGGCUAUUGCUUUGCCGCAGAGGAAUUAUGCAACAGAGACAACCUCGCAUGGGCCUGACGGCGGCCCUCCUCCAGGCUUCAACAUAAAUGAGGCUAAGAAACCAUUGCCAAAGGAUGAGGCCAAGAAGUCAUCAGAAGCAUCGCCGACCCCGUCGGUCGCAGAGCUGAAGAAGUCCGAUGAACAGCUACAUGUCCCCAAAAUGACGGCUACUGCGACCGCCAAGACCAAUGCCAUGGAAAAAGCCAGUCUCAGCGAGCUGGCUGCUGAAAAGGCCGCUUCUGCCCAGUCCGAGAAGGAGCAGGCAACGGAACUAGCGGCCAAGAAGGAGGAACCCAAGAAACUCACUAUCGGCCAAAAGAUAAAGAAAGAACUUCAGCAUUACUGGGACGGAACGAAGUUACUGGCCGCGGAAGUCAAAAUCUCCUCAAGGCUUGCGUUAAAAAUGGCCGCAGGAUACGAACUUAGUCGCCGAGAGAACAGACAGUUGCAACGGACAGUUCAAGAUCUCGGCCGGCUAGUACCCUUCUCAGUUUUCGUCAUCGUCCCGUUUGCAGAACUCCUGCUACCGGUCGCCCUGAAGUUGUUCCCGAAUCUGCUUCCCUCGACAUUCGAAGGCCAGAAAAGCCGUGAAAAGAAAGCUGCCCAUCUCAGGGAAACCCGCAAGCAAGUCUCUGCUUUCCUGCGCAACACGCUCCGUGAGACCGGCCUACCAGUCUCUGCCGUCAAUGCAAAGAAAGAAGAGUUCACCGAGUUCUUCCGCAAAGUCCGCGCUACGGGUGAAUCUCCUUCCAGAGAGGAUGUUAUUAAAGUGUGCAAGAUUUUCAAGGACGAUUUGACGUUGGACAAUUUGUCUCGACCACAGCUUGUGGGCAUGUGCAAGUACAUGAAUCUCAAUACCUUUGGAACGGACGCCAUGCUGCGGUAUCAAAUCCGCCACCGCAUGCGUCAGAUCAAACGCGACGACAAAGCUAUCUCCUUUGAAGGCGUCGAUUCGCUCUCUGUGCCAGAACUCCAAAUGGCGUGCGCCUCUCGUGGGCUUCGGACCCAUGGUAUGUCCCCCGGCAAGUUGAGGGAGGAUCUGCAAAUGUGGCUCGACCUCCGUCUCAAAUAUAACAUUCCGUCAACACUUUUGGUGCUCAGCAAUGCGUAUAUGUACACGUCUGGCAAAGACAGUGAGAUCGACUCGCAGAUUGACGCACUGCAAGCAGUGCUGAGUUCCAUCCCCGAGGAACUAUUCCACGAGAUUGAACUCGAGGUUCACAAUGCAGAGGGGGCGGCAACAAAUAAACAACGUCUGGAGGUGUUGAAGGAGCAGCAGGAGCUGAUUGAGGAAGAGAAUGAGCAGGCCGAGUCAAGCAAGCAGACUUCAGAGGCAAAGGGCGAGAAGAGCGCGAGCCCGACUGUUAAAGAUGAUAAAGACAUCGAUGAGAAGCCCAAGCCCAAGCCUGCGGAUGCUAAACAGGAGGCCAAGAAGGCUGAUGCGAAAGAAGAGGCCAAAGAGGCGGAAGAGGAUGUCUCGGAGCAGGGGAGGCAGGAAGAGAAACAGAAGGCCCCUGAGGACAAGAAAAAUUAAAUGCGCUUCUCCACGGCAGAAGAUUUCUCUCGUGGCUUUCAAGCGCAGAGAUAUAUUUCAUUUGGCUCUCGACUUUUGAGACUUUGAUCUCGCCGACGCCAGACCAUGAGUCGGUCAAGCGGAUUAUAACUUUAUAUAGACUCAGCUCAGCAGUUUGAACGUGCUCACCGGUACGGCACUGACACAGGGAAAAUGAGGGCGCAGGGGAGCAUGAUGAGACUGAAUUCAUGUGGCCCCCCAACCGGACGGAGUGACAGAAGAAAGGCUUUUGAACGAAUUCCAUAGAGUUGACAACAUUCCAAUCCACAUCUUCGAUUUUCUGAUA